UGCCUCCUUUGCAGACCUGGGAAGGCUUCGGGAUCAUUGUCUGGGUCUCAAGGCACAGCCUGCUGGAGGCACUGGAAGUGGAUUGGUUCCUGGUCAUGCCCGGUGGAAGGAGGGGACCCAGCCGGCAGCAGCUAAGCCGUUCAGCUUUGCCUUCUCUCCAGACGCUGGUUGGCGGGAGCUGCGGAAACGGUACCGGUUUGAGAAACAGGAAUGGUAGUGCCAUCAGCCUCUCCGCGCCUCCGAUCACAGCGCUGAUUACUCCAGAGCCUGUACGUCACUGCCGGAUCCCUGAACUGCCAUUGGAUGGGAGCCUUCUCUUUGAAUUCCUGUUCUUCAUCUACCUACUGGUAGCCCUCUUCAUUCAGUAUAUCAACAUCUACAAGACUGUCUGGUGGUACCCAUACAAUCACCCUGCUUCCUGCACCUCACUGAAUUUUCACCUCAUUGACUACCACCUGGCGGCGUUCAUCACAGUGAUGCUGGCACGGAGGCUGGUGUGGGCCCUCAUCUCUGAGGCCUCUCAGGUGGGUGCGACAUCAGUGAUUCACUACAUGGUGCGCCUGGUGCUGCUGACCCUCUGUGGAUGGGUGCUCUGCUGGACUUUGGUCAACCUCUUCCGCAGCCAUUCUGUUCUCAACCUUCUCUUCCUGGGCUACCCGUUUGGUGUCUACGUUCCUCUGUGCUGCUUCCACCAGGACAGCAGAGCACAGCCCCUACCUGCAGACUGUGGUUACUUGGUACAGGACCAGAUGGUGGAUGAUGGGACUUCAGCUGUCAGCAGCCUGGUCAAACCCAAAGAUUUCCUCUCGCUUCUGUGGGAAUCCCUGAGAGAACAGUUCAAUAAUCCUACGUCUAUCCCCACCCACAGCUGCCCCCUCUCCCCAGAUCUCAUCCGCAAUGAGGUGGAGUGCCUAAAAGCAGAUUUCAACCGCAGGAUCAAGGAAGUUCUCUUCAACUCUCUCUUCAGUGCCUACUAUGUGGCAUUCCUGCCACUGUGUUUUGUGAAGAGCACCCAGUACUACGACAUGCGCUGGUCCUGUGAGCACCUCAUCAUGGUGUGGAUCAACGCCUUUGUCAUGCUCACCACUCAGCUGCUGCCUCCCAAGUACUGUGACCUGCUCCACAGAUCAGCUGCCCACCUCGGCAAGUGGCAGAAACUAGAACAUGGUUCCUACAGCAAUGCUCCACAGCAUAUCUGGUCAGAAAACACAAUAUGGCCACAAGGAGUUCUGGUGCGACGUAGCCGAUGCCUGUAUAAAGCAGUUGGGCCUUACAACGUAGCAGUGCCUUCAGAUGUCUCCCAUGCCCGCUUUUAUUUCCUUUUUCACCGUCCAUUACGGCUGCUCAACCUGCUGAUUCUCAUCGAAGGCAGCGUCGUCUGCUACCAGCUCUACUCACUGCUGCGCUCAGAGAAGUGGAACCAUACCCUCUCCAUGGCCCUCAUCCUCUUCUGCAAUUAUUAUGUCUUAUUUAAGCUCCUCCGGGACCGGAUAGUAUUAGGCAGGGCAUACUCCUACCCACUUAACAACUAUGGACUCAAGGCACACUAGGCUGGCCAAACGUGUACCCCUUCUCUUUCCCUUCCCACAGGGCAGGGAAGGAACCUCAGAAAAAAAAUAUUUUCGUACAGUUCUAUUUUUUUCUUGCGGCGUUUAUAAAUAUUUAAGAUAUUUUAUAUUUUGUAUACUAUUGUUUUUGUGGGGCGGGAAGGGAACCAGUGGCAAUUAAAUGUCGCUUUAUAAACAAGGUGUUAUUUUAUAUAUAUAAAAAAGAUCAAUGUGUAUAUACUGUAUAUCUAUACCCAUACAUAUAUCUAUGUGAAGCAACAGGAUUGUGUGUGUGGUCACUGUGUCCGCUUUGCUCACACAACCGCCUUGCUAUUGCAUACUGUGGGGACAGAACUGCUGUUAAUUAGAAACUGGUCUGCAGUAGAACUUGGAUAAGGUAACAGCCAGGGGAAUAAAGGAAUCACGGGGGCCUUUCACCAGGAUGAGUAAAGCUUAUCUUAGUAACCUCAGUACCAGGGAAGUCUUGCACUGGAAAUGUGCACUGAUGUGAUACAGGUUUAGGGAAAGGGAGGAAGCAGCAUGCGGAAAGACAAAAUUACUGUCAGUCAGUAAAAGCUCUCAGUUCUUUCUUCUUCCCCCUGUUAGCAGGAUACAAAUAUUAUUUUAAAAAAAUAGCAAACUCUUUACCCUUGGACUAGGUGAUCUUAAAGGUCUUUUCCAACCUAAAUGAUUCACUUUAGCUCCCAUCUGUCUUCCUAGUACCUUGAGUUCCCUCACUCUACCCAGAGAAUGAGCUAAAUACUGAAAUUAUAAUUUCAGGGUAGUGUAUCAUUUAGGAAGCUAUUUGAAAUAAAUAGCUUCAUCUAGCAGGAUGGUAACUGAUCGAUUAUUUUAAACAUCCAUCUCUAAUCAUUUGAGUAACAGCAUUAAAUUAGGGAAUAUACAGCCAUUUCCUUCAAGCAGUAAUGUUCCUGGCAGAAAUUUGUUCUUGUCAAACACUUACCAACAACUCCCUUAUUGCUAUAUAAUGCAUUUCAGCAGUGUUUCACUCUAAGGUAUGUUGGUAGUGUUUAAUAACUUCUCAUUAAUAAUAGAGGAAAUACUUUGCUUUUAAACUGUUUUCAUAAAGCUGAACUAUACUAGAAUCUAGUGAAAAAGUAGUUGUGGUAGCAUCACAUAGAAGAAUUGACGAUAAAAGACAGUAUCAAACAUAUAAUUAAUUUCACUGUGGAUGCUGGUGACAGCUGCUGGUAGGAGUUGAUGCUUUAACUCAGGUAAUUAAAGAGGAGACAGCAAUGCAAUGUUCUUCCAUUCAGAUGCCACCUGACAACUUCAGCCAUUAGUAAAGUGCUGGCUCAGUUUAAAGAGCGGAUACGUAUGGGGAAAACACACCCUAAACUGUACAGAGUUUGGGAGAAACUGCAACUACUUUCUGUUCCUUCUUUCCUUCCAAGCUAAGUAAGAAUACAGCAUGCUUCUCUGCUCCUGUCUGUAGGACAGCUUCUCCAGCAGCCUGAUCACAAGCCCAGGAUACCUGAUGAGGUAGGCAACAGGAGAUGCCUCUGAGCAUUAACCCCAAGCUACUCCAAAACGAACACAAAUGCUUAGCUUUGGUUACUCCUAGGCCUCCUCUUAUCUUUCAUGUGGCCCUAGUGCUGCUGGCAGGACAGAUACUUGGCAGUUUACAGUCUGGGGCCUUUCAAUGAAACACAGUACUGUGGCUUAGAGCCAUGUCAUGCUUUAUGUAGUAUAGCCUCUUUAAUCCAUGUCUUAAUUCUGCCUUGAUUACUUCAGGAAGUACAUUUGGGAUAAGAGGGAGUUGGCUUCUUAUCUAGAGCAAGAUCUUUGUUGCACAUGGCUUCGUGCAACACCUUUCUGGCACCCAGCUUCAACCCUUGCCAAUAGCUCAGCAGUGUUUCCUACUUUCAGUACCACACAAAUUUCACCUGUUUGUUUGUACUAGCUGGCUCAGCACCCCUUGAGCAGCAUUUCACAGCAUUACCAAAUAGUUUCUUCCAUUUGGACACCUAAAUGAUAGUAGGCUUAUACUUAAGCAAGCGGGAGAAAAAAGGCUUUCCAAGGCUUAGCUUGGGAAAUGGAGAUGUGCAACAGAAAGGCAGAACCCUGAACCAGGGCUUUGGGUCACAGAGUUGAUGAGGGUUCACGCUCUGCUUUUUUCUCCCCUUGCAUGUAAGGCUGAAGAUAGAUAGGUAGGACU